CACCAACAGCUGAUGCGGCCACCUCCAACGUCCCUCGCACCGGCUGCUUUACUCGAGGCUGCGGAGGAGGUGGCCAUCGUGGCCGCCCUCACGCACGUCAUUGCCAAUGGCCGUGGUGCGACGCUGACGCUGACGCCAAAGCCGCCCCCGCCGUCGCUGGUUGUGCCGCCGUGUCCGUGGACGGCGAUGGGAUGCCAGCGUGGGUACGUUGGAGGGGCGGCGUGUCACGGCGAGCCCUCGGCGUCGGCGCAUAUUGUUUCGGUGCAAGAUCGCACUGCGUGUGCGCAGUGCUUGAUGCCGUCGCCAACGCAAGCUCCAAUUGCAUCGACGUGCUCGCAAGGAACAGAGCAGACAGUUGCGGUGGUGAGGCGUUGCUACCGCGGGGUGAGGCGUCGGCCGUCGGGCAAGUGGGCGGCGGAGAUCCGGGACCCCAAGAAGGCGGCGCGCAUCUGGCUCGGCACGUUCGCCACGGCCGAGGAUGCGGCGCGCGCCUACGACGCCGUGGCGCUCCGCCUCCGCGGGAGCCGCGCCAAGCUCAACUUCCCGGAGGACGCGUCGUCUCUCCGCCGCCCCCCUGCCCCCGUGGGCUCUCGGAAGCCCGGUUCCGGCUGGGAUCGCACCACAGACCGCUCGCCGUGUCCGGAGAUGGUGCACUGUGGUGGCGCAAUGGAUGGGCUCGUGGGCGGUGGGAAUGGGCGCUUCUUGGGUUCUUGGAGCAUCGGACCAGAGCCGCCGUCGCGGGCGUGUUGGUCUGCUCCCGUCGUUGCUCCUCUGCUUUGUGGGAACCAUGGAAUAGGGAGCAGUGGAACAGAAGACCCGGGGAAUGGUUGCGAGAAAAGCAAGAGCUAGCGCGCGGUCUAGCUGUGGCUGUGGGAACGGCAUAGCAUUUUCUUUCUGCCUUUUCUGUUUUCUCCCUUUGAGACGGCGUAGCAACUGUUGAUUUUUGUUGAUUACUUUUGUUUUUUACUUUGUGUUUGUACAUAUGUAUAUAUACUACUACUACAACAUUUUCCUUUUCUA